AAGGUCUUGACCAAAUGCACGCACCACUCCCAUCCAAUCACUUGCGAUGCCACCCUCAUCGGUAUAAAAGCAGCAGCUCGCUGCCAAGAAGGCAUUCAGAUAGCACCCACCAGCACUAUCCGACAACAUGCACAGACUCCUUGUCGUACUCUCCGUGGCCGUGGCCGCCGCCCAGGCGCAGUACCUGCUGUCCGCUGGCAUCCCUGCUGUGUCGAGCAGCCAGUACCAUGCGCAGGACGAGCUGGGCCAGUUCUCUUACGGCUACUCCGGCGGCCCGUCUGCCAAGCACGAGGUCAAGACCUUUGACGGUGUGACCCGUGGUGGCUACUCUUACGUCGACGCCAACGGCCUGGUGCAGAGCGUCAGCUACGUCGCCGACCCCAUCAACGGCUUCCGCGUGGCCGCCACCAACCUGCCCGUUGGACCCGCCCCAGUGGCCGCCUCCGUGGCCGCUCCCCUCUUGGCUGCCGUGCCCCAGCACGUCUACCAGGCCGACGCUCCCGACGUGGCCAUCGCCAAGGCUGCCCACUUCGCCGCCCACGCUGAGGCCAAGGCCCGUCUUCUGGCCGCCUAAGUGGCCGCUGCGACUGUCUGUUUGCUCUAACAUUGUAAUAUCCUAUGUCAAACUGGUGUAAAAUAAAUUAUUCUGAAGCUGUUCCUCAUUCUGUACAAUGCAAA